AUGACGAACCCCACGACCGACUUCGCCCUCAAGAACAACACGGACUCGUCCGAGGCGUUCGCCUACAUCACGGGCCUCGACCUGAACCGCGACAACACGCCGGUCUUCAUCCAGGCCGACGGCAAGACGACGUACCACCCGGCGUCGCCGGCGGAGCCGCAGUCGCCGCUGCAGGCCGACGUGGCGAUCCCGCUGGGCGCGCCCGGGACGACGACGCGGGUGACGAUCCCGCACAUCGCGGGGGGGCGGGUGUGGUUCAGCGUCGGGGCGCGGCUCAACUUCCUGCUGAACCCGGGGCCGGCGGUGGUGGAGCCGAGCGUGACGAACCCGUCGGACCCGAGCUACGGGGUGGCGUGGGGCUUCUGCGAGUUCACGUACAACCAGCAGCAGCUGUUCGUCAACAUCAGCUACGUCGACUUCGUGCCGCCGCACCCGAUCGCGCUCGAGCUGCGCAACACGGACGGGGCGACGCAGACGGUGCGCGGCAUGGGCCGCGGCGGGCUCGCCGCCGUGUGCGACGAGCUCGCGCGCCAGGGCGCCGCCGACGGCGCCGGCUGGGAGCAGCUCGUGGUGCGCGGGGCCGACGGCGCGGCGCUGCGCGCGCUGAGCCCCAACAGCGGCCGCGUGCUGCGGCCGGGCCUGUUCGACGGCUACUUCGACGCGUACGUCGACGCGGUGUGGGAGCGGUACCGCGGCGCGGACCUGACGAUCAACACGCAGGCGGCGUGGGGGGACGUGGCGGGGCGGGUGGCGGCGGACGGGCUGCUGACGUUCGCGGGCGCGGGCGCGUUCGCGAAGCCGAGCGCGGGCGACAUCUUCUCGUGCUCGACGGGGCCGUUCGGCAACUACCCGCCGGCGCAGCGCGAGCAGAUGGGCGCGCUGGGCGCCCGCCUCGCCGCCGCCUUCAACCGCUCCACGCUGCUCGCCAACGACCGCCAGCCCGACGGCGAGCGCGUCGCCGCCUACUACGCCGCCUCCCCCACCAACCACUACGCCCGCAUCGUCCACGCCGCCAACCUCGACGGCCGCGGCUACGCCUUCCCCUACGACGACGUCGUGCCCUCCGGCGGCACCGCCGGCCCCGACCAGGCCGGCACCGUCUUCGACGGCAGCCCCGAGCUGCUCACCAUCACGCUCGGCGGGCCCGCUGACGGGGAUAACGGCGGCGGCAACGGGGGCGACGGCGGCAGCGGUGGCGGCAAUGGUGGCGAUAGCGGCAACGGUGGUGGUAACGGUGGCGAUGGCGGAAGCGGCGGUGGUAACGGCGGUAACGGCGGUAACGGCGGCGACGGCGGCAACGGCGGCACCCCGGACAAGGGCGACGGCGGCGACGGCGGCGACGACGAGACCCCCGGAUGCCUCGACGGGCUGAAGAGCCUGUUUGAGAAGCUGAGGCAGCUGCUCAAGCUGUGA